GGAGGGGCGUUGACGCUAAGCCAGAAUAAGGACCUAAGCGAGCCCUAGGUGCACACAGUACCAGUUCCGCUCUGGGCGUCUACCGGACUCUCAAAGAUAGGCCGAGUUAAAAGUCUCCCGUCUUCUUCUCUCUUUCCUAUACCCAUCCCUCUCGAGACUCCAGUCCAGUCAACGACCCCAUCGACCACCAUGUCUACUGCCGAGCUCGCUUGCUCCUACGCGGCCCUCAUCCUUGCCGAUGAUGGCAUCGAGGUCACCGCCGACAAGCUCCAGACUCUCCUGACCGCCGCCAAGGUUCAGGAAGUUGAGCCCAUCUGGACUUCCAUCUUCGCCAAGGCUCUUGAGGGCAAGGACAUCAAGGAGCUCCUGACCAACGUCGGCUCCGCUGGUGCUGCCGCUCCCGCCGGUGCUGCUGCUGCUGGUGGCGCUGCUGCCCCCGCUGAGGCUGCCGCUGAGGAGAAGAAGGAAGAAGAGAAGGAGGAGUCCGACGAGGACAUGGGCUUCGGUCUUUUCGACUAAGCGUCUUCACCCGUUCGGCUUUCCUAAUUUCCUUUUUCACCUUGUUUCUUCCAUAUCUCCUUUUCGCCCUCGCAUUUCUUGUACCCCAUACUACGCGACCGCACGAUGACCAAAAAGGGAAAUUAAAAAGGGAUCAACGGACAAGGACAUCCGGUGGGACUGGGCGCUUUGCUUGUAUGAUGGGUUCGAUGACAGGUACUGGAACGGAUGACGCUAUGAUUCCGGCCAUUAGACUUCAGUCAUGGCACACCUAUGGGUCGGGGGCGAGAUCGUGUUGGCCGUCCUCGUUUCUAUAUAAAAUGUUCCCAGUUUAGCUAGUUUCGAGCUUAGGUGCCCAGAUCUCAUGCCAUGUCUGUCAUGCGACCAUGAACAA